GCGGGAGUCCGGGGCGGCCAGGAGGGGAGCAGGCGGGACUCGCCGGCUGGACUUGUCCGAAGCCUCCUCGGCCGCCGGGGCAGAGGGUUGAAGAAAGUCGAAGUUCAGCUUGUCCCGAGUCCGAGCCAUGCUGGCUCCUCCGUUCUCCCGGGCUCUGGGGGCUCUGGCCCGGAGCCGCCUUGGUUCCCGAAAUGCUCUGGACGUCACAAGGCCUGGCCAGGUGCUGUCCAGUCUGCACUCCAAGGGGGACGAGAAAACCCAGGAGCCCCGAGAAAAAAUGUCCCUCAACAAGGCCGUGUUGGUCACCGGCUGCGACUCGGGCUUUGGCCUCUCCAUUGCCAAACACCUGCACGCGCUGGGCUUCACCGUGUUUGCCGGCUGCCUCCUCAAGGAUAAGGGAAAAGAGGGCAGCCAAGAGCUGGACGCCAUGAAUUGUGACCGUAUGAAAACCAUCCAGCUGGACGUCUGCAAAUGUGCCGAGGUGAACAAGGCCAUAGAGACCAUCCAGAACCACCUGAAGGAGCCCAGCAAAGGCCUGUGGGGGCUGGUGAACAACGCGGGCGUCUCUACCUUCGGUGAGGUGGAGUUCACCAGCUUGGAGACCUACAAAGAGGUGGCCGAGGUGAACUUGUGGGGAACCAUCCGGACCACGAAGGCUUCCCUCCCCCUGCUGCGGCGGGCCAAAGGUGACGUGGUCAGCAUCAGCAGCGUGCUGGGCAGGACGGCCAGCGCCGGGCGCUCCACCUACUGCGUCACCAAGUUUGGGGUGGAGGCCUUCUCCGACUGCCUGCGCGCUUCCCCGAGGCUGUACCCGAUGGGCAUCCCGGCCACCAGGAUCUACAGCCCCGAGCGCAUCCAGGCCACGGCCCAGAAGAUGUAGAAACCUGCGAGGCCGUCUCUUGUAAGAGACUCAGCAAGCAGUACUUCCUGGCAGGUCAGCAACAUGGAGGUCUACUGCAAGAGCGGCUCCAUGGACACCAGGCCCGUCAUCGAGUCCGUGGGCCACGCACUGACCUCCAAGACCCCGUACACGCGCUACCACCCCAUGGACUACUACUGGUGGCUGCGCAUGCAGAUCGUCACCCACACCCCCGGGGCCGUAUCAGAUAUGAUCUACUCCCACUGAGCCCCAAUAAAGCCUGGGCCACCUGA